AUGACGGUCCCCGAUUCUGUUCGUCAGUCAGAGCUAUACUGGCAGAAUACUUUGACUGAUUUCAAUGCGGCAACAUUCCCACAUCUCAAGUUGCCUGAUCAGAAUCCCCAGGCCAAUGACACAAUCACCUACGAGAUACCUGUACACUUGAAGAAGCCUCCUGUUGCUACCAUACCAGUCUUGAUGCGGGCGUCAUGGGCAUUGGUGAUUGGUUGCAUGACAAAUUCGGACGACGUUGUUUUCGGCGUUACAGUAUCUGAGCACAAUGCUUCCAUUGAUGGCACGAAUGAUCUUGUCGAUCAGACGACUGCUCUUGCUCCCGUGAGAAUCAGCUGGAACCGUGCUUCCACUAUCACAGACUAUUUGAAAACCAUUUAUAAGCAAGGCUGGGAAAUGGCUCCGUUUGAGUACAUAGGGCUUGAUAAUAUCGCCAACAUAUCGCCCGAAAGCCGCCAGGCUUCCGAGUUUCAAAGUCUUCUUAUUAUUCAAACCCGUGAAACUGGAAGGUCCCAACCGCCAUUAGCAGGCUGGACGGGACAGUCGCUGCUAUUGCACAUCCUUCACGACGCCGAGUCAAUCUCCAUCACUGCCACCUUUGACGCCAAUGUCGUCGAGCCCUGGGUAGUCGAAGGAGCUCUAAAACAAUUCACGUCUCUUUUCGAACAACUCCAACAGUCUAGUCCUGCUACCACCUUAGCUGACCUUGAACUGGUAACAUACGACAACCUGGAAACAAUUUGGAGCUGGAAUGGCAACCGCCCUCCAUCUGUGGAUCUUUGCAUCCACACCGUCAUCGAGCAAAAUGCUCGUGAGCAGCCAGAUGCAAUCUCCGUGCAGGCAUGGGACGGGCAGUUGACCUACAGCGAGUUGAACCAUCUUUCUUCUAUUCUUGCUUGCCGGUUGGUGGAGCUCGGUGUCGGGCCUAAUAAAUUGAUACCUUUGUGCUUCGAAAAGUCCAUGUGGACAAUGAUUGCAUUACUUGGUGUCCUUAAAGCAGGCGGUGGAUUCGUCCUUCUCGACCCUUCCCUCCCCCAAGAGCGGCUGCGCACUAUAGCUCACCAGACAAAGUCUGACUUUAUCCUCUCUUCCAUAUCUUCCCAAUCUGUGAGUAUGAAACUACUCAACAGAGUCAUCAUAAUCAAUCACGAAUUCUUUGUCAACCUGUCUAGCGGGCCAUUGUUCAUACCUGCGCCGGACCCAGACUCCGUCAUGUACGUCGUAUUCACUUCCGGCAGCACAGGUACGCCUAAAGGAGCUAUGAUAAGCCAUAGAAACUUCUCCUCAGCUAUGACAUAUCAGCUGGAACACUACAAGGUCACUUCCCAGAUGAGGAUGUUUGACUUUUCCUCCUAUAGUUUUGUUGCCUCAAUUGCCAAUUUAUUUAUUACCCUCACCGCAGGUGGCUGCAUUUGUAUCCCUAGCGAGUAUGAUAAGAGAAACAGGCUGGCCGAGAGUAUUGCAUCUUUGCGCGCCAAUGUUAUCCACCUUACACCAUCAGCCUCGAGACUCAUUACCCCAGACUUGGUUCCUGAAGUAGAGCUUGUCAUAUUCUCUGGCGAAGGCCUUCACACCGAAGAUAUAAAGGUCUGGUGGGGAAAAGUACGGGUGAUGAAUGUUCUGGGGCUCUCAGAAUGCGCACCUAGAAGUGUACUCAAUGUGAUUGCGAAAUCGCCAGAGGAGGCAACGCGAAUUGGAAAAGGUAUAGGGCAAGUGACAUGGGUAGUUGACCCUGAAGAUCACAAUCGCCUGAUGCCAGUUGGCGCUGUUGGAGAAUUACUUUUAGAAGGCCCUCUUGUUGGGCUUGGCUACUUAAAUGACGAGACGAGAACGGCACAGUCCUUCAUUCACAAUCCUCGGUGGCUGCUAGAAGGCUGCCCAUCCAAGCCCUCUGGAAGACAGGGACGGUUGUACAAGACGGGUGAUCUCGUACGAUAUCAUCAGGACGGCAGCCUGUCUUAUGUAGCGAGGAAGGACGCGCAAGUCAAAGUCCGUGGUCAACGCGUCGAGCUUGGAGAGGUAGAGUAUCGAAUCAAGGAAGCGCUUUCCGACGUCGAGAAAGUGGUGGUUGAUGUGAUCAGCCCUCGAGGAGAAAAAGCGAAUCAUUUUAUCCUCACGGCAUUUACUCAACCAAAUGAAUUGCCAUCAAUUCCAGCCACAAGUGACUUAUUUAAGGCGACACUACUACCCGUUACACCAGAUAACGAGGAACGUAUGGCAAAAAAUCUUCCCUCGUAUAUGAUACCGGCACUGUUUUUCACAAUGUCAAAACUACCCACCACCCCGACUGGGAAGAUAGAUAGAAGGAAGCUGCGAGAAAUCGGCAGCUCCUUUUCCCUCCAGGACUUGGCGGAUCUGAGAACUACAAGUGCAUCUCCCAAGCGAAUGCCGAGCCUUGACGAAGAGCAACAGGUUCAAUCGCUUUGGAGUCAGGUGCUCCACCUCAAACUCUCAAGUAUUGGCUUAGAUGAUACUUUUGUACAACUUGGAGGCGACUCUCUUGGGGCCAUGAAAAUUGUUAGCGAAGCCCGAAAAAUUGGUCUGAGUUUAUCUGUUGCAGAUGUUUUGGGCUCUUCAACCCUAGAAGAGGUGGCAAAGACUGUGCAACAAGUAUCAUUCUAUGGUGCGGUUGAUAUCUCUCCAUUCCAUCUUGUACCAGCAGACUCUCAUCUACCACUGUUAUUGGAUGAGGUGCAAAAGCUGUACGGGAUUCAAAAAGAAACCAUCGUGGAUAUGUAUCCAUGCACGCCGCUUCAAGAAGGGCUUUUUUCACUUUCAGUAACGCAAGGUGACUACAUCACCCAGCGCAUUCUGAGACUAGCACCGGGACUUGAUCUAGAUCGGUUCCGUACGGCCUGGGAAACGGUAUCUGGGGCGUUCGAAAUCUUGCGCACGAGAAUCGUUGCAUCAAAUCAUGGCCGACUGCUUCAAGUAGUCAUGAAUCAGCCUGCCGCAUUUGUCACAGCCACUGGGCUUGAAACUUAUCUAAAAGCAGACAAAGCUCACCAAAUGGCACUGGGCAUGCCGCUUGUGCGCUAUGCCCUCGUGAAGGACGAAAUUGGGUUGUACAGCCAUUUUGUAUUGACAAUCCACCAUGCACUUUACGAUGGGUGGUCUAUGCGCCUAAUACUUGAUUCGGUUGACAAAGUCUAUCGCGGUCAGGACUUGGACGCUCCUUCAAAAUUUAACGGAUUUAUCGAUUAUGUAAAUCGACAGAGUGCUGAGUUAGCCAAAGCAUACUGGUUACGAUUUUUAGACGGCUAUAGCGGGACACCAUUUCCUACGAUCCCUCCGACGAUACACCAACCUUCAAUCGAUUCAAGGCUCCGAUGGGACAUGUCGAUACCAAAUACCACAACGAUGAAGGUUACUACAUCUUCACUGAUUCGUGCUGCAUGGGCCUUGACUGUUGGACUUUGGAUCGAUGCCAAUGAUGUCGUAUUUGGUGUUCCGCUGUCCGGACGGAAUGCUCCAAUCCCUGGCAUUGAGAAAAUGGCCGCCCCAACUAUUGCUACUGUUCCAGUCAGAGUCCGGUGGGACAAACAUUCCACGAUUGUUGACUACCUAGAGAUGGUACAGAAGCAGGCCAUUGAAAUGAUUCCAUUUGAGCAAUCUGGGCUGAGCAUGAUCUCUAAGUCAGGGGAUAGCUGCCAACGAGCUUGCGAGUUUCAGACUCUUUUACUUGUCCAACCAGACAUUAGCCCCAUAGAAGAGACGUUGGGCAAAUGGGAAUUAAAGGAAUAUCAAGAGCUCAAUACUUAUGCUCUCACGGUCGAGGUCAAACUUGGCGCACGCGGCAUUACAGUGCAUGCAGGAUUUGAUUCCAAGAUACUGGAAGCUCAGCUUGUCCAAAAUCUUGUUCCAUCGUUUGAGUCUGUUUUGCAACAGCUGAGCAUAGCAAGUCCGGAUGAGAAA